AUGGAUCUAAACAAAGAUAAAAGAGAUAUAGUUAAUGAACUACACAAACAAGCACGUAAACAUUUCAGAAGAAGACGAGUUGUCAUCAAAGGAAUUGAUGAUUUGUGGCAAGCAGGUCUCGUUGAAAUGAUAAGCUAUACAGUACAAAAUAACGGUUAUCGUUGUCUUUUAACAGUAAUGGCUACAUUUUCGAAAAAGGCUUGGGCUAUGGCGGUGAAAAACAAAACUGCUCAAAACGUAACGAAUGCUAUGAAGAGAAUUUUUGAGAAAAGUCAUGGCAAACCGAAAAAUAUGCAUACUGAUGAUGCCGAUUUAAUUAUAAGUAAAUAUCAUGAUGUUAAUGAGAAAGGGGGUAUACUCAAUAUUCAAGCCAAUUAUAAUACCUUACAAACACGUAUAAAGAGUACAAUAGAUCCAAUUUACUUCGAUAAGAAGCGUUCGAUUGGAUCAUUAUUGGGGUUUAGUAAGAGAAAAUUACAACAAGGUAUAGAACACUAUUCAGAUAAAACAACCGAUAUAACGAAUGUAAUGUAA